AUGUCGCUCCGCGAGCAUUAUCUAACCCCAUCAGCAGCGGCAGGUGACUUGUUCUCUUAUGAGGGCAAUGCCUUGGGUAAUGACUGGCGGAAGUCACAAGGUGUUCCACUCGUAAUUGAGGCCCUAAAAAAAACGCGGUUUUUCAUUCUUCACACAACUUUGCAACCUAGUCUGAGUGAGGUUGACAAUCGACUGGUACGUCGCUUAUGCGUAGUAUAUGACACAACCGAACGUUGA